AUGUCUUCCGAAGCCGUGAACUUGGGCGCAGAUCUGCGCAGGGAAGAGGUCCGUCGAGGUGGCGAUCGUUACAUUCGUGAAGUCAAAUCCCCGGAGGGGCGUACUCUUCAGGCCACUGACGACAUGUGCGGAGCGUUUCGGCGCCAUUUCGAGAACCGGUUUACCAAGGAGCCUGGUCUCCAGUUAAAGAUUUUGGCCAAGAUCCUGCAGGAGCGUUUGCAGUCAGUUGCCAAGUCUCUGUUGGGACCUGAGCAGACUUGUUCUGUGAGGGGCCGAACAAUUCAGAGCAACCUGCAUCUGAUCCGCACGAUCAUAGAGGGUGUAAAAGACGACGAAGAAGCCGCGCUGAUCAAUUUGGAUCAGUCCAAGGCAUUUGAUAGGAUCGACCAUCGCUACCUUGCUGCUGUCCUGCAGGCCGCUGGAUUCGCACCCAACUUCUGCCGCUGGAUUAGCCUCCUGUAUCGCUCCCCCAGUGCGGUGGAACAGGUGAACGGAAGGUUGUCGGACGCGUUCGUGCUGUUUAGGUCGGUUCGUCAGGGUUGUCCGCUGUCGCCUCUCCUUUAUGCUUUGGCGUUGGAGCCUCUACUUCGCCGGCUGAAGGACGAGACCGGCAGUCCGGCCCUACGGGGAAUUGCCGUUCCUGGAGGGUCUCGAGCCAGGGUUUCCGCGUACGCCGAUGACGUAUCUGCUGUUGUGUCCGCAACGACAUUGAGGCGGUACAGAAGGCGAUUGAUCGGUACGAGAAGACCCGCAAGAAGGCGCUCGAACGCUCGCUAUCCUCCAUUUUAUGGAGGUGACGCGGGAACCGGGUCGACAGACGAGUCUGCACUAAACGUCCGUGUCAUGGGGGACUGGGAAUGCCGCACCUGCCGAGUCACAUCCGUGCCUCUAGCGUCGGAUUACCUCAGUAACCCUGAGUUUUCGCUAAGCUGGCGAUUGGCUCGGAAUCGGCUGCCUCUCAACGACAAGGCUUUCAUAUGGGGCUUGGCGGAUUUGCCAGACUGUGAACGGUGUGGCCUUGGCUUAGAAGAAACGGCUGCGCACGCCUUCUACCAUUGCCCUCAGGUCCGCCCCUUAUGGGACCAUGUCGGCGAGCUGACGGCUCGUCUCGCUCCUGAACAGCUUGUGUCCAUUGAUCGCGCAUACGCGUGUGACAAUGUGUCGCCCCCGUAUUCCGGGAUGAAACGGAUGGUGUUUCUGACGCUGAUGGCCACGGCUCGAAUGGUGAUUUGGACGACGCGAAAGGAGGAAAUCUUGCGAGGCAAUCGUCUUCCUCAUUCGGAUCUAAAUCGAUUCUUUGAGCAUCAGCUCAAGAUGAAGAUUAGAUCGGAUAGAAAACGAUUGCAUUCGACAGUCUCUAGCGAAAGGUGGGUAAAAGAAGCGAGCUUGCUUCGUGUGAACGGGGCUAGCCUUGAUUUUCUCUUCUAG